UAGUGACGAGAAUCGUUUGCGUACUAUGGAAAUUUGCACGUGAAAAGUUACGUAGGUUGGAAAAAAAAAAUAGGGGAUUGCAAAUUUUAUAUAGGGGAAUUUAUUUUCUGUAAAAAUAAGCUGUCAGUUCAAUUGAGAGGUUCCAGCGUAUCGCUACGAACACCUAGAAAAAGAGUAUUAUGCAUCGAGCCAGGAGUAUAGUUAGCACCAUAAAGGGUCCUGGGGCCCAAAAAUUCGCUGGAUGGCUUCUACAAACCACCGCAACCCCAGCAAUUUGCAGCGCACCCAAAAUUUAUUAUAACACUCCAGCUCCUGCGGAACAAUUCUUAAAUGGAACCUCUUCAAGUUAUAUUGAGGAUAUGUACAAUGCUUGGUUAAAUGAUCCUGCAAGUGUACAUGCGUCUUGGGAUUCUUUUUUCCGAAAUUCAGCGCAAGGCCAAGCGUAUCAGAGGCCUCCAUCUCUGGCGGGCCCCGGGAAGAAUGAGGUAGCGCUAACAUCACUUUUACCAGCUAUCCAAGGUGUUGGAGUUGGGGUAUCUAGCCUGGAUGAUAAGAUUAUUGAAGAUCAUCUUGCCGUACAGGCUAUUAUUAGAAGUUACCAAUCUCGUGGUCAUCUUGUGGCGCAAGUUGACCCUCUUGGUAUCAUGUAUUCAGAUAGGAGUACUACUAUUACUGAAAGGCAGGGUUCACCACCAGAUGAAGUUGUGCGGCAACAUAGACUUAAUGAUACUGAUAUGGAAAGGAUGUUUAAAUUACCAUCAACCACGUUUAUUGGAGGAAAAGAAACGUCACUUCCCUUGAAGGAAAUCCUCAAACGACUUGAACUCACUUAUUGUAGACACAUUGGUGUUGAGUUUAUGUUUAUUAACAGCUUAGAACAAUGUAAUUGGAUUAGAAAGAAAUUAGAAACACCAGGUGCUGGACAAUUAAGUGCUGAUCAAAAAAGAUUGAUUCUUGCCAGACUUACUAGAGCAGCAGGAUUUGAAAACUUCUUAUCGAAAAAAUACACAUCUGAGAAACGUUUCGGUUUGGAAGGUUGCGAAAUUUUAAUUCCAGCGAUGAAACAAAUUAUUGAUAAAAGUACCGAAUUGGGCGUCGAAAGUAUUAUUAUGGGCAUGGCUCAUCGUGGCAGAUUAAAUUGUUUAGCCAAUGUAUGUCGUAAACCGCUUGUUCAAAUUUUCAGCCAAUUUGCUGGAUUGGAAGCAGCUGAUGAAGGUUCUGGAGAUGUAAAAUACCAUUUAGGUACAUACAUUGAAAGAUUAAACCGUGUUACAAAUAAAAAUAUACGUUUAGCUGUAUGUGCUAAUCCAUCCCAUUUAGAAUGUGUCUCUUCAAUUGUACAAGGAAAAACGCGCGCUGAACAAUUUUAUCGAGGCGAUAGCGAGGGUAAAAAAGUAAUGUCGAUUCAUAUUCAUGGUGACGCGGCGUUCUGUGGACAAGGUGUCGUCUUUGAAACGAUGCAUUUAUCUGAUUUGCCCGCUUACACCACCCACGGUUCAAUUCACAUCAUUAUCAACAACCAAAUUGGUUUUACAACCGAUCCAAGAUUCUCGAGAUCAUCACCAUAUUGUACUGACGUUGCCAGAGUUGUAAACGCCCCGAUUUUCCACGUAAACGGUGAUGAUCCCGAAUCGGUUAUCCAUGUUUGUAACAUCGCUGCUGAAUGGAGAGCCACUUUUAAGAGUGACGUCAUUAUUGAUAUCGUUUGCUACAGAAGAAACGGUCACAAUGAAAAUGAUGAACCAAUGUUUACUCAACCGUUGAUGUACACGAAAAUUAGGCAAAUGCAAACCAUUUUGGAGAAAUACGCCGAUAAUUUGAUUAAAGAAGGUGUUGUUACUCCAGCGGAAGUACAAGAUGUUAAAGAAAAAUAUGAGAAGAUUUGCGAGGAAGCGUUUAGCGCGGCUCGUAAAGAAACCCACGUUAAACAUAAGGAUUGGUUGGAUAGCCCAUGGUCUGGAUUCUUUGAAGGAAAAGAUCCUUUGAAAGUUGGACCAACCGGGGUUAAAGAAGAAACUUUGGUUCACAUUGGAACCAGAUUUUCGUCGCCACCACCAAACGCCGCCGAAUUCGUUAUUCACAAAGGUUUAGAACGUAUCUUAAAAGCUCGUUUAGAAAUGGUUAAUAACAGAACGUGCGAUUGGGCCAUCGCUGAAGCUAUGGCUUAUGGAACUUUGUUAAAAGAAGGAAUUCACGUUAGAUUAUCUGGACAAGAUGUUGAAAGAGGAACUUUCUCUCAUCGUCAUCAUGUUUUGCACCACCAAACGGUUGAUAAAGCAACUUACAACCCAUUAUGUCAUCUUUACCCUGAUCAAGCGCCGUAUUCAGUUUCAAACAGCUCACUCUCUGAAUACGCUGUCUUAGGAUUCGAAUUGGGUUAUUCCAUGACGAAUCCUAAUGCUUUGGUUAUUUGGGAAGCUCAAUUUGGUGAUUUUGCCAACACUGCGCAAUGUAUCAUUGAUCAAUUUAUUUCUUCUGGACAAGCUAAAUGGGUCAGACAAAGUGGUUUAGUUGUAAACUUACCACAUGGUAUGGAAGGUAUGGGUCCUGAACAUUCAAGUUGUCGUCCAGAACGUUUCCUUCAAAUGUGCUCUGACGAUCCCGAUUAUUUCCCACCGGAAAGUGAUGACUUCGCGGUGCGUCAAUUGCACGAUUGCAAUUGGAUCGUUGCAAAUUGCACGACCGCCGCCAAUAUGUUCCAUAUCCUUCGUCGUCAAAUUCACCUACCCUUCCGUAAACCUCUGAUUAUGUUGACGCCCAAGAGUCUGUUGCGCCACCCGAACGCCAGGAGCAGUUUCGACGAGAUGGUAGAAGGCACCGAAUUCCAAAGAGUUAUUCCCGACACUAUCGAUUCAUCUGGAGUUAAAAAAGUCGUAUUCUGUAGUGGAAAAGUUUAUUACGACUACAAAAAAGAACGCGAUGCGAAAAAUUUGACUAACGAUAUUGCGUUGAUUAGAAUUGAACAGAUUUCACCUUUCCCAUACGAUUUGAUUAAACGAGAAUGCGCUAAAUAUCCGAACGCUAAAUUGUUUUUUGCACAGGAAGAGCAUAAGAAUCAAGGUUAUUGGCAAUAUGUGCAACCUCGAUUCCAUACAGCUCUUACCGGAAGUAGAGAUGUCAAAGUUGAAACUGCGCGAACAUUGCUGAGCUGGUUCAGCCGAUUGUUUGGCAAAAAGGAACCAGAUCCGGUUGAGCAAACGGAGCCGGUAACGGAAAUCGAGCCGAGGGUUGUUGGCUACAUUGGAAGACCUGUUGCUCCAAGUCCAGCAACCGGUAACAAAACUCAAUACAAUCGCGAAUACCAAGCGAUGGUCAACGACCUUUUAUCAAUCUAAAAAAAUUUGUGAAAAGAAGAAACAACACAAUUUUUCUAUACUAGUGAAAUUAUCUAGCAAUUAUUGCUAUUUAUCUUAUCACCAUUAAGAAAUGAAAGAAAAAUCGAUUUUGAAUAUUAAGAAAAAAAUUAGAUUUAGGUAUAAAAACGAAAUUGUAUUAUCGAUCGUUAAUUUGAAUCAAAAUAGUCGUUAUUUUCUUUCAGUUUAACAAUCAAUAUCAUUGUUAUUAUCGUAAUUUUUGCGGCACGCCUAGAUUGAUAAAAAAAUAAUUUAUUUAGAAUAAAAUUAUUGCUUAUUGGUUUAACUAUAUAAAAAUUUCAUGUUUUAUGAAUUAUGUUUGGUCGAUAAGACAGUUUUAUGUUAACUAUUAAAAAAAACGUUAGAUGUUUUAACUGUUGUACAUAGAGAUUACUUUAUGUAGUUAAUUGUACAAAAAAAAUAAUACGAAGGCGAGAAUCAUUUUAAGUGUAAUUAGUGUAAUAGUAUAUUAUAAAUCGCGGAAGAAGAGACCCCCCUCAAUCGAAUGAUAUUUUGCAGUCGGAAAAUACUCCUUAAAAUUAUAAUUUACCGUUGCAAACGCAAUAAUAAAACAUGGUGCUUGUUUUAAAUAAUAAAAAUUUUAAGAAAAUGUUUUUAAAAAAGAUUUAUUUUAAAUUUUGCCGCGUUUGCUAUUAAUGCUAUUAUAAUAUAUCACAAACAAUCCUUUUACUUCAUCACACAUAUUUCUUUGGUAACUUUUGAGGAAAGAAAAACCCCAACUGUAUUAUUAUGUAUUGUAGUAUUUUCUUCUAAGUGCUAUUUAUUUAUUGUAUGAACGUUUUGAAUGACCCUGUUGCUUGAGUAAACAGUAUCAAUAACAAUGUUGAUUUA